AUGAAGUUUUCACAAGCCACCAUCUUAGCCAUCUUUGCUUCUUCUGCUUUGGUUUCUGCCGCUCCAGCCAACAUUGUUUCCGAACAAACCAUGGUUAAAAGAGAAGAUGUUAAUGCUAUUGUUGAAUUAAUCAAUGAAAUCAAACACAUCAACCAAAAGAGAGACCUUGCCGAAGGUGAAGACUUGUUGGAAUUACAAAGAAGAGCCGACAGUGUUAUUGGUGAAUUAGUUUCAGCUUUAUACAACUCUGGUGUCAUUGGUUUAGUCUGGGAUAAAUUGACUACUGAUCCAUCUAUUUCCAGCUCCCUUACCAACAUCAUUAAAUCUGCUGUUCAAGGUGCUAUUGUCCAAGGUGGUGCUUUAAUCCAAGCUGUUUGGAACUCUGGUUUAUUGGGUGAUGUCUUCAACAAAUUAAUCAACGAUACUGAUUUAAGACAAGCUUUAUUGGAUGUUGGUAAAGCUCUUUUCAACUCUGCUGCUAACUUAAUUUCCAUUUGGCUCGGUGGCAGCUCUAGUUCUAGUUCUGCUGCUCCAGCUGCUGCUGCUGCUGCUCCAGCCACUAAUGGUGCUUCAAAGAGAGAAAUUAUGGAAGCUGCCGAAUACUUGAGUGAAAGAGACUUGGCUUCUAUCCUUUCUUGGAUUGUUCAAACUAUCAAAGACACUGGAAUUGUUCAAUCUUUGGUUAACCAAGUCAUCAACAACCCAGACACCGUCAUCAGUUUCUUGACUUCUGCCCUUAAGAAUGGUUUAGUUAUUGUUGAAGAUCUUUACGACUGGGCUAAACAAUCUGGUUUGUGGGAUCAAGCUUUAGUUUACAUUCAAAACAAUGCCGGUAGCUGGAUUAAAGCUCUUGCUGGAUUAUUCGGUAACGCUUUAUCUAACGGUACUAUCACUGCUUCUGAUAUUAACAAUGCUGGUAGUUCAUCUAAACCAACUGGUACUACUACUGCUUCUACUGCCACUGCUGCACCAAAAGCUGCUACUCCAGCUUCCGCUGGUACUGCUGUUGCCUCAAAAGCUGCUACCUCUGGUUCCAGUUCUGGUUCUUCAAGUAACAAUGCUGACUUGAAUGCUUUAAUCAACAAAUACGGUGGUGGUUCUGGUUCUACUUCUACUCCAACUGUUGAUACUUCUGGUUUAUCUAGUGAUGUUAACACUUUAGUUAAUGCCGCUGGUCAAGCUGCCUCUUCAUUGAAGAAAAGAAAACUUUAUUAG